AUGACGAAGAACACUGCCGGCGGGGCGCAGCCCUCGCAGCCGACGAACGAACAGAGUCUUGGAAUGCAAGACAUUUUGACCGCCCUCAAUGAUAUCCGCGAUGUCGUCAAGGACCUAUCCCUCAAAGUCAGUUCGCAUACCGACCUUCGUACCGAGAUCCGCGACGAGCUCUCUAGCCUCCGCAAGGAUCGCGGGCCUCUAAGGAUUAAGCAGUUGCCUCUUCGCCAGAAGACCGAUCACAACGCCUCUAACGUCCCUGGCAAUGAAGACCUCUUGCACGACGUUCCUGUUGAGGUCGAGUCCAUGCCAAAGUGUCCUCAAUCCACCGAGAGCCGUCACAUUGCUUUGGAAGUCAACAGACUUACCAACAAGCUCACCGACAAGCUUGAAAAGAUGACCGCAGACCCCAAGAGCUUUCCUGUGGAUGGCUGCAAGCUUCUUCUCGACAAAUCCAAGCUUGCUAUCAACUACUGUCAGUCUUUCGUCGACGAGGGCAAGAUAGCCAUCGACAAGUGCAAUCUUGCCCUUGAGAGGAGCAAGGCUGCUAUCAACGACUGCCAGUCUGCAAUUGAUAGAAACGAUGUUGUAUUCAACGAGUUUCAGUCCGCCAUUGAGAAGCGCACGCUUCCUACCGACAGGAACAAGCCUUUGCGCUCUACUCAUCUGGCCGGCGAUAUUCCGACUCUCCCACAGACAUUUUAUGAUGUCGAAAAGCUUUCUAGGGAUGAGGUUGACUUCCUCAUGAAGUUCAUGAGUAGUUCUUUCUUCACCGAAAUCCCUUCCACCACCGGAAUUCCUUCCAUCGCCGGAAACAUUCCUGUUAAGUUCUUGAGGUCUCACCUUACCGGCAACCCCAUUCCAUUCUUCCCUAAGACCAUUGGGGACAUCUGGAAGCUCUCCCACCACGAGAUGGAAUGCAUCCUGGUCCACUUGCGCGAGCCUUGGUCGGCUACUGUGAGGAAGACCCUCAUAGUGCUCUACUCCGCCUUGGGUUUGCGUUGA